AACAUUUUCAAAUCGUCGGGCGCGUUCAUUGAGCUAGCUAAAUUAUAAAAGAACGGGCGCUUUCUAAAGUAAGUUUCUCCGUUUUCAUCAUUAAGUACAAUAUACGUUUGAUGGCAUCGAAAAUUCCUAGAUGCGGACAGAGUGUGCGACCUGCUGGCAGUGCUGCAGAAAUGAAGAGGGCGGCCAAGAAAUACGAUUUCAAAGAGACAGCUGUACCGCCAGACUUCAAUUUCUUUCCAAAAACUGUUAUUCUCAAGCCUCUCAAUGAGAACGUACCAAGAAAGUAUGUUGUAGCUAAAGUGUAUAAAGGCCCUUCCACCAGAUAUGGACAGCAGCAGUCAGAACUCAAGGGCCAGAAUCAACUUUUAGUGGAAGCCAAUGAGGAACUGCAGAAAAACCUUACAGAAAGACAGCAAAAAGUUGCCCAGCUGGAGCAACGAUACAGUGACCUCCAAGGAACCAAUGCAGACAUCCAGAAACAACUGAAGGACUGCCAUGCGCUACUAGUCGCUGGAAAUAUUGAUCCAGUUUUGGGAGAGAAAAUUGGAGAAACUGCACAGCAAAAUGAGGAUAAACAAAGAGAGGUGGUGAACGUAUCCCAAGAUCUGUUGCGUGAACUGCAGACAUUUGGUGACAUGGCAACAGAACAAAGUGCACAACUAACAGAAGUUCAAAAGAUCAUGAAGGCUCUCACCGAUUCUCGGGAGCAUCUGGUGCAGGAGAGGGAGAAUUUCUCCUUGGAAGUUGAAGAAAUGGAGAAGGCUCUUGAGGAAGCAGAGCAGCUAUUAUUGGAGUAGAUACUGUGUGUGUGUGUGUGUGCUUGCUUUUAAUGUAAGUAUAAAUAAACAUUGAGUCUUUCGACUAACUUAAUUUUGGUAAUUAAACUCGCAAACUGAAA